AUGCGGGAAGAGGAAGACCGGGGCCAGCCAGUGUGUGCGGAAGCCGCGCACAUUUGGAGGGAGGGCGCGGACGGGAAGCUGCUCCGUUCUCUUCCUGACACCGCGGGCAAAAUGCAGCAGCUGCACCGGCGGCUGGGCAGCACCCUCGCCGUGUUACUGUGCACUGCCGUCGCCCACAGGCAGGCUGGCACGGAAGAAGACGAAGCCGAACUCCUCCCAGUAAUAUUAAAUGAAGGAGAUGUAUAUUCUGGACACAAAAUGGAGCUCUUUUGUUAUGAAUUUAUUCAAAAGCCUAUAUUCACUGAUUAUUGGUCUGCUGUGAAGAUUAAAAUCCGCUCUUCGGAGUUAUUGCACCUUACAUAUUCUUCAGAAGAAAACUUUUCUAACAGAUCUGAAACUCUGAUAGACCUCAUUGUGCACUUUUACUAUCAAGUUGCAUCAUCUACAGAAACACUAACUUCAGAAUUCAACAUAAGUGUUGAACGCCUUGAUAGAAAAACUUGUUUCAAAGUAAACCCAAUGAAGUCUCAUUCACACUACACCAUUACUGUAACAAAGCCAUUAUUUCAACCAAAGCUGAUUAUUCUGUUUGUGACUGGAAUUAUCCUGUUCGUUUUUGCAAGACCCAUUAGCAGGAGUGAACUGUUUUAUUACUCUGGUGGAGUUACUUUAGGAAUCUUCGCAAUAUUAGUCCUUAUCCUCCUGGUUUGUAGAAGGUUGAUGCAAACCAGGACAUUCUUGUUUCUAAUGAUUGGAAGUGGGUCAGUCUCAUUAUUCGUGAUUUAUUUAAGUGUUUUAAACCUAUCCCAAUAUCGGCACUACUUUAUUGGUUAUAUUUUUGUGCUUGGUUGCCUUAGCUAUAUUAUUUGCCAUUACCAUGGGCCGUUGUCAGAUGAACGUAGCAUAAAUCUGCUUACGUGGACUUUACAGUUGGCAGCAUUGCUGAUGAUAUACCUUGGUGUUUCAUUCAGUCAAUGUGCUUACACUGUCAUAGUCAUUCUGUUAUGUGCAAACAACCUCCACCAUCCAGUUAAUGUGAUCUGCUACAUUUACAGAAAAAUUAAACAGUUCAUUAAAAAGCCACAGGUUCAUUUUAUUACCGAAGAGGAAUAUAGGGAACAGACUGAAAUGGAGACCAAAAAGGCCCUUGAGGAGCUUCGCAGAUGUUGUAGGAGUCCGGACUUUCCUGCAUGGGAAAUGGUAUCAAAAAUCAGAUCCCCAAAAAGAUUUGCAGACUUCAUCCUGGGAGCUUCACAUCUCACACACGAGGAAGUGUGGAAUCAUGAGCAACAUUAUGGAAUUGGGGGAUCUUUCUUGGAAGCCCAGAUCUUUGCCACAGAGGAGAAUAAUGGCUUCGUCUUACAGAAUGGUGAAGUGAUGGCUGCAGAUGAAGGUUGUGAAGUCAGUGAAACAGUGAAUUAAUCCUUGCUUCACUUGCAUCUGAAUAUUUUUUUCUGAAUCAUCAUUCUGAACAGGGAUUGACUAAUGCACCAAAUAGUGUACACAGAAGUAUCUGGUCUGGAUAUUUUGUACACCUGGAUGUACAAAAAAGACUAAUGGACCAAGGGGACAAGCUGAUCAGUGAAUCCAUAAGUUCUAAUUGAGUUUGUAAUUUUUUUUUCUGAAAAAGAAUUUGCACUAAUGCAUGUGGCUCUGGUGAGUAGUGACCUUUUAGUUUUGGAGUUGCAAUUUUUUUGUCAACUUAGUGACUUGGGGAACAAAAAUUCCAGGCGUCAGCCAGGUUGCAGACUUUUGUAUGCACAAGUGCCUUUUUUUAAUUGCCAAAAAUGGUUCAAAAUGACUUGUGUAUAUGUAAUUCAUCCAGAACAAAGCAAAUGAAUAAGUGGAUCUCUCAUCAGUCCUAUUGAAAGGUAACUGGUUUGCCAUACAUUUCUAAUUGAAUUCUGAGGUCUUGAAGACUCCAAUUUAGGUCACCUUAUGUGAUCUGUGACUGCACAUUACUUGACGUAAUAAAGAAUAGUCUUCGCCAUUACACUACCCAAAAGGACAGUUGCUGUGCUUUGCUGAGGUGAGAACCUCCGUUUUUGAGCACAGACAAUGAGAAAACAAGAAAGACUAAUGUUCUGUUAUUUUUGCUACCAUCUUCCAGCCAGUUAAUUGUUGGCCUGCCUUGAUGGAUUGCAUACAAUCAGUAGUUCCGAUUACCUUGCCCUGAGUUGGUGGAAUAAACUGAUUCCCGUCAUGAAUAAAAUGAUUGAGAUGUGGAAGCCACAUUCAACAAUUAUGAAGUAUGAUCUAAGGAGAACAUAUCAUUGCAUUAUAAAUAUUGUUUCCCUCUCUGUACUGCUUUAAUAUUUUUAAAGCAGAGAUUAGAAAUAUGUGGGA